AUGGCAUCAAUCCAAGACAAUGAAGAGAGAGCUGAGGAGGCAACUGUGAGGGUAGCUGUUUCUGAGCCUAGUAGUAGUGAUGCAAACAAAGAGAGAAAAAGAACAUAUUACCAAGAACGAGCUAAGAUGGAGGAAGAGUCGGCAACAUAUACAAGAGAUGGCAAGGAGGCAGCGAAGGAGAAAAUUAGCAGUGUUGCUGAUACUGCAGCCAAGAAAGCUAGAGAGCGUAAGGAUUCGACACUAGGAAAGGCGAUUGAAUAUAAAGAUUAUGCAACAGAGAAAGUGAGAGAAGCGAAGGACUCAGCAUUGGAGAAAGUUAGAGAGUACAAAGCUUAUGCAGCAGCCAAGAAGGCGAAAGACUCGGUACUGGGGAAAGCUGGGAACUAUAAAAACUAUACAGUCGAGAAGGCAAAGGCAGUGACAAUGGAGAAGGCAAGAGAGGGGAAAGACAGUGUUGUUGGGAAGAUUUCAGAGUUGAAGGAGUCGGUAGUUGAUGCAGUGAAAAGGGCCAUGGACAUGUUGAGUGGGAAGAAUAAGGAAGAGGCGAUGGUUAGUCGUCUUUCAUUGAUUUUUGCGAUCUUGACAAUGGAGAAGGCAAGAGAGGGGAAAGACAGUGCUGUUGGGAAGAUUUCAGAGCUGAAGGAGUCGGUAGUUGAUGCAGUGAAAAGGGCCAUGGACAUGUUGAGUGGGAAGAAUAAGGAAGAGGCGAUGGUUAGUCGUCUUUGAUUGAUUUCUGCGAUCUUGAGGUGCGUGUAAGGUGGCCCGAGUAAAAAUAACAAUAAUAAUAGUGCAGAAGUUUAUAAUAUUGUUCUUGGUUUUGUUUAUUUAUGUUUAAGAUGUUCUAAGCUCUUUUUUGUGUGGCUUUGACUUUGAGAAAGGGUUUAGACUUCUUUUUAUAUUG